AUGGAAAGUGGGGGGCCUCUGUCCAGUGUCCUUCCACAACCAUGGAAAGUGGGGGACCAUGUCCUGCGUCCUUCCACACGAUGGAAAGGGGGGGACCGUGUCCAGUGUCCUCCCUGGUUAGGAAGCCCCUCCACGCCCACAUUUCAGGGCACGGCCUCUGACAGCCUUGCCUCCGUCCAGCUCACAGGGGCAGUGCGGUCUUCAGAACGUCUGAGAACCCGGAGUUGCUCAGCCAAGUUGACCUCUGCCCAGGAGGGCAGGACCGCCCCGUCCAGCAGGACAGCAUGUCAGACUUCCUCACACAAAGCCACGGACAGGCGAACUUCCAAGAAGUUCAAGUGUGACCGAGGUCAGCUUGUGAAGUCAGAAUCACAGAAACUGGUCCCUAAGAGCGAGAGUGCGGCCCCGCCCCGAGUGCCGCCGGGGAGCCCUGGUGGACAUGAGCCCCUGGCGCUGGAGGGAGACGGCCCGUGCCCCCCGGGAGAGGCAGCCGGCAUCUCCUCACCACGGGGGACCGCAGGCCUGCCCCGCGCCCUCCCCGGCGGGGAGUCGGACAGCAGCUCCACCGCGGGGGGCGGCUCUGUGCUGCAGAUGGACGGCAGCGCCUUCCUGGAUGAUGACAGCAACCAGCCCAUGCCCGUGAGCCGGUUCUUCGGGAACGUGGAGCUCAUGCAGGACCUCCCACCGGCGUCUUCGUCUUGUCCUUCCGUGAGCAGACGGGAGUUCCGGAAGAUGCAUUUCAGAGCCAAAGAUGACGACGACGAGGAGGACGCCGAGAUGUAGGAAUAAAGCACACACGGUGCCUGCCUUGCGUGUUGACGCGGUUACAGCUGACAGGUUAAGGUUACGGGACUUAGGGAGUUGAUCCUCGGGAGGAUGUGUCCUUACGCCGACUUCCUGGGGGCUCCGCUGGGAGCCGGGCGUCCUGGCGGGAGGAAGCUGCUGCUGCUUGCACGAGGCGUCUGGUCUGCGUCUGCGUCCGUACAGACGUGAGGCCGGUUUGAGGCGGCCGCGGGCCAGGGUGAAGGGGAGAGGUUUGCAAAGGAAACGCUCCGUAAGUGUUAGCUGUGAUGUGCCAGCCUCUCCCCUCACGGGCUGACCCUCCGCGGGCUGAUUCGGGCAGUUCCGAGAACCCGUCUCUGUGUGAGGCUGAAGUUGACCAUGGACUUUUUGCAGGAGUUAUAUGCGAAAAAUAAAAUAUAUUUUGAAAAUAUUUUAAAGAA